CUGCGGUCCGCUGCUCGGGACAAAACAGCGACUCCUUAGACUACCAGAUCGGCCCAGGUCGCGCCCCAAUCUCCGCCUUCCCUCGCUCCCUCCGCCUGCACGGCCACCGGCGCCGCCACAAGCCGGUGCGGAGAAGAUGAUCGUGUGUGUCGCCGUCGUCGGCCAUCAGAACAAUCCUCUGUACCUGCAGAGCUUCACGGAGGCGGACGACGCGCUGAAGCUUCACCACAUUGUCCAUUGCUCCUUGGACGUCGUCGACGAGAGAGUGAACAACCCAAAGAAAAGUGGACCUACAUUGAAUGAGACAUUUCUUGGUAUGUUAUAUCCAACAGAGAACUACAAAGUGUAUGGUUAUCUAACCAACACAAAGGUGAAAUUUCUUAUGGUUACGACUGAUCUAGAUGUCAAAGAUGCAGAUGUCAGAAGUUUCUUUAGGAGGUUUCAUGCUGCGUACGUGGAUGCUGUUUCCAACCCCUUCCAUGUUCCAGGGAAGAAGAUAACCUCCAAAGCCUUUGCGGAAAGAGUCAGUGGUAUCGUCAAAUCGUUCGGACCCGUAACCACUGGGUAAAUGGCCUUUCUUCUGCAUCGACUAAGCUUGUGAAAUUUGAAACAAUUGGAGUAUAUGCUCUUAGUUUCUUCUGUUCCAUGGUUGGUUUGUGUGGUUUUGACCAAUAUAUUUCAACCAUUGAUAUACAAAUAUAUGUUGUAGAAUUUCACA